AUGGACUAUCUACUCCUCACUAAAAGAACGCUUCCCAAGUUCCUUCUGCCUUCUGCUGCUGCAUUUGGUGCGAUGGUUCGUCCUGAACGGGCGGACUUAGUGGGCGUAACGAGCGAAACGGUCGGGGUAUUCAAAUAUAAACAACUUUUAUCGCAACUCUCGGCGGACAGAGAAUCGCAAAAUGUACUCCAAGGGCAAGUGUCUAAGAUAUCCAAGCAUGCGCUGCUCAAAGCUAGACUAUGUGAGCGUGGUAGUCUUGGUCAUGCGUAUGCCUCCUUUAUGGACAGCCGGAUGUUUGAACCAAGCGACAGGCCACCCGUCAGAUUUCUCGCUGAUGGAAAGAGUCAGCUCAUUGCAGUCAGGAUGCGUGAAAUCCACGACAUCUUGCACGUUCUCUUUGAUUGUCCAACGACGUUAAGAGGUGAACUCACCCUAAAAGCGAUCGAGUUCGUGCAAUAUGGGAUUCCUGCGCACUGGGCCUCCACGUAUUUCGCAUCAAGUCGGCUAAAUCAUGAAGAACAGUACUUUCUUGCGACCAAACUUUUACCUUGGGCGGUGCGGGCAGGUUGCACGGCAUCAAGGUUGCUUGUCAUAGAUUAUGAGGAGUUCUUCCCGGAGCAAAUAGAUCAUCUACGCAGCGCUUGGGGGAUCCAGGUUGUACCGAAAUCUUUCUCGUGA